AUGUAUUUGAUCACUGUGUUUGGGAACCUGUUCAUCAUCCUGGCAUUCAUCUCAGACUCCCACCUCCGCACACCCAUGUACUUCUUCCUCUCUGUCCUGUCCUUUGUAGACAUCUGUGUCACCUCCACAAGCAUCCCGAAGAUGCUGGUGAGCAUUCAGAUGCAGAGUAAAGUCAUUAGUUAUGCAGGCUGCAUCACCCAGAUGUACUUUUUAUUGCUUUUUGCAGGGUUAGAUGACUUCCUCCUGACCGUGAUGGCCUAUGACCGUUUUGUGGCCAUCUGUCACCCCCUGCACUACACAGUCAUCAUGAAACCCUGGCUCUGUGGACUGCUGGUUCUGGUAUCUGGUAUCAUCAUUGUCUCCUUAUUUUACUGCACAAGCCUAGGGGUGUACCUCAGCUCUGCUGCUACACACAAUUCACACUCCAGUGCAACAGCCUCAGUGAUGUACACGGUGGUCACUCCCAUGCUGAACCCCUUCAUCUACAGCCUGAGGAAUAAAGACAUAAAGAGGGCUCUGAAACGAUUCUUCUGA